AUGGGAAAUAGCAAUCUUACACAAACUUGUAAUUAAGACAUUUCAUAGUCUUGCCAAUAAAACUCAGGUCUUACGGAAUAAGAAAUUGAGGGCAUCAAAAAUGUUUUUAAUUCUCUAGAUCCAAAAGAUGGAGUUAUUAGCACUGAAACUCUAAGAAAAUUAUACAGAGAUUCAUAUGAUGCUCCAAAGUUAAAUGAUUAAAUUGGAAACAGAGAAUCUUUAACAUUCCAAGAGUUUUUUGAGGUAAUGCGCAUAAAUAUGUUGGAAAAAAAGAAAAACUUUCCUAAUGUUGAAUUUAAUGAUAUGGAUGGCAACGUUUAAUGCUUUUUCUGUUAACCAUGA